AUGGGGCUCCUCGGUGGCAUCGUAACAGCCCUCUAUGCUUCCAACGCGAUAGCCACAAAGGACUCUUUAGAUGAUUUCGACGUCUUGAAAUAUGUCGAUCCGUUGAUUGGCACCGCAAAUGGAGGUAUGGCUAAAGCCGUGGCGGAUACAACAGGUGAGAAUCAAGCCGGCUUCGCUUACGAUACGAAGGUUGUAACCGGGUUCUCACACAUGCAUGACUCUGGGACUGGCGGCUCUCCAUCAAUGGGAAAUUUUCCCAUUUUCGCGCAAGGAAAUUGCCCGCAUGAUGAUAUUAAACAGUGCAAAUGGCAACAAUCAGACAGAGCAGCUGCCUGGGAACAAAAGUCACCUGAAGCUCGCCCGGGGUAUUUCAGCAUCUCAUUGGCGAAUGGUGUUCAUGCGGAGAUGACGACCACAAAUCGAUCUGCUUUGUAUCGGUUUACGUUCAGUGAAACCUCCGGGGAGUCACUCAGUCCAGUGGUCCUUCUGGAUUUGAUGGAUUUACCGCAAUCUCGAAUAAGUGGAAGUGCCGAUGUGGAUCAGUCGACUGGGCGUAUUACGGCAAGUGGCACUUUCAGCCCGAGCUUUGGUAUUGGCAGUUACAAGUCAUGGCUCAGCAUAUGGGACUCUUUUCGCAGCAUUCAUCCACUGCUGACCCUGGUUGAUCCUUUCUCACAAUCUCUCAUGAUGCGCAGCUUGAUCGACACUUAUAGACACGAGGGGUAUUUACCUGACUGUCGCAUGUCGCUGUGCAAAGGAUUCACGCAAGGCGGGUCCAACGCAGAUGUGGUCAUGGCAGAUGCGUACCUGAAGAAGGUUCCGGGUAUUGACUGGGAUACUGCAUAUGAAGCCGUUGUCAAAGAUGCAGAAGAAGAGCCCCAAAACUGGGAUGUAGAAGGCCGUGGUGGCUUGCGGAGCUGGAAAAAUCUCGGCUAUAUUCCAUUUGAUGAUUAUGAUCCCGAUGGUGAAGGUACACACACUCGGAGUAUAUCAAGGACAGUGGAAUAUGCCUAUAAUGACUUUUGUAUUGCCGAGAUGGCACAGGGUAUGGGCCACCAGUCUGACUUUGAGAAAUACAGGAAACGGUCUGAAAACUGGGCUCACAUGUUCAAGCCCGACCAGAAGUCAAGCAUCAAGGGGGUCGACACCAACUUCACCGGAUUUCUACAACCUCGAUACACGAACGGCACAUGGGGCUAUCAGGAUCCGAUUUUUUGUAGUCCUCUUUUGAACUUUACCUCAUGUUACCUCAAUCCUGAUGGCCAUGAGACCUAUGAAGGUAGUGCAUGGAUGUAUACCUUCUAUGCCCCCCACGACAUGGGCGCUCUUAUCAAGACACUUGGCGGUGCAAACUCCUUCACCUCUCGGCUAAGCUAUCUUCAUGACUCUGGUUUGCUCUACGUGGGAGAUGAACAGGCCUUCUUACCCGUUUAUCAAUUCCACUACUCGGGACGGCCAGGUCUCUCGGCAAAGCAGAGCCACUUUUACAUUCCAUCCCAAUUCAACACGACAGUCAAUGGUAUCGCCGGCAACGACGAUAGCGGAGCCAUGGGCUCAUUUGUUGUUUUGAGCAUGAUGGGUCUGUGGCCAGUGCCCGGCCAGGACGUUUACCUGAUCACUCCGCCCUAUUUCAACGAAGUCAGCAUACGAAACGCCCUCACCGGAAAAGUUGCCACUAUCCGCAACAUCAAUUUUGAUCCUAGUUAUAAGUCCAUCUAUAUCCAGAGUGCCAAGUGGAACGACAAACCGUGGACAAAUAAUUGGAUCACCCAUGACUUCUUCGCUGAUGGUGGUAUUCUUGAACUUGUGCUGGGUCCCAAGGAGAGUGUAUGGGGAACUCAUGUUCAGGAUCUCCCGCCGAGUCUGAGCGAUUAUCACUGA